AUGGUGACUUCCGAAAUUGUUCCUCGUUCGUCGAUUGAGAUUGACGUUCUGCUUGGGUGGGUAAUGGGAUGUAAAGAAGCAUUUAGUGAAUUGGAGCAUAUAGAUCCCGAUUUCAAGUUUAUCAAUUUUACAAAAGAGGAUUGGGAUGAUGCAACUUUAUUGUAUGGUAGUUGGCAAGUGCUACAUGAUUUCAAAGAGGAAAUUUUUAACUUGGUAGAUCCUACAUGUAAAACCGUCAGUGUGAAUUUCGAAAUAGUUCGUGACGUCUUUUUUAAAUUGGUUCAAUUGAGGAAAAGUGAUAAUUAUUACAUCUGCCACAUUGCAUCACUUUUCAAAGAAAAUCUUGCAAAAUAUUGGAAGAAUUCUAGGUCAAUUUUAGAAGUCAGGGUCAUUUUGGAUCCACGGUGUAAAUUGGAGAUGGUAGAAAAUAUCUACAAAAUGAUUUAUGAUAAUGAUUCUGAGAUACACCUUCAAAAAGCGAUUGAUGAUGUUACAAAUAUUUUCAAUGAAUAUGUAAAAGGCAUGUCAUCAUCCUCUUCAAGCCAUGACUAUAGUGCUUCACUUGAAUCAGAAUUCAGCUGUUAUUUGAGAGAUGAGUAUCCUCAAGAUGAAAGGUUUGAUAUUCUACAAUGGUGGCGUGACAAAUCUCAAAUUUAUCCAACAGUGGCUAGAAUGACACGUGAUUUCUUUUCAAUACCUAUUAAGAUUCCUUGUUUAGAUUCUUCCUUGUGGUAUGCAUUUCAAGGUAUUCAUGCUAGUAAUAGUUGCCAUGAUCUCAAUGAUGACUUCAAAUCCAAAUUGGCAUGUACAAAAAAUUGGUUGAAUGUCUUUGAAAAUAAUUAA